AAUAUCUCAUUUAUGUAGACAUCACAAAAAGUUUUAGUGUCCUUGUAAAUAAAUUUAUUUAUACAGUGCAGUUAUUUUGCGUAUUGUGAUUUAACAAAUUUUUAAUUAUAAUGUCCGUAAUAGCAAUAGCGGUAGCAUCCGAAAGCGGUGUACCUAUAUUUUCAAGGAAACGCGGCAAUAAUGAUAAUAUUCAAUUUUCAACUAUUGCAUCUCUUCAUGGAAUUAACAUGUUUACUAAGUGUCAUAACUUGUCCCUGAUUAACACUCAGGUUGAAAAUGGUACAAUACUUUGGAAAGAAUUCUGUAAAAGUGUCACAUUAAUUGGAAUCGCUACUGGUGGACUCGAGUAUGAUCUGGAACUGCUGCUGUCAUGUAUUCAUGAUGCAAUGGUCUUUUUUAUUGGCAAAAAAGAUUUAGAGAAUUUGAAAAACAUUGAUCAAAUAAAGAGAGAUUUAAGACAAUGCUAUCCAAUAAUAGAUUAUCUCUUGGAAACAUUGGAUCCUAAUACAGUGCCUCGGUCAACAAUUGUUCUAGAUUCCAUUCAGAGUAUGCUUUGUCCUCAGGCACAACAGUUGCAACAAGUAUUAGAUAACUAUGCACAAACUGUAACAGGUCGUUGGGCAUGUCUAAGUAUACAUGGACACUUGGUGGCAACAAGUUCAGAUUUUUAUGAAUUGGAUGUAAGAGAAGCAAGAUUACUUCUGUUGCUUGCAGCUGCUCAAGAUGGAGUCCCUUUAAGGGAUUCUCUUGUUUACUUGCCUCAAAUGAGUCCAAAUGUGGCAUUUAGAGCAGUAACUUGCAAACUUCUAGCAGAUGUUUAUGUUUUGGUGAUCUGUGGAGUAACUCCACCACUGUCUCAAAUAGAUGAAAUAGUCCUGCAAUGCUGGGAAAGCUAUGCGCAUAUUAUAAAAGAAGCAAAACUUAUACAUCCUAGAAAUUUUCCAUUGAGCAUCACAUUUGACCCUGUGUUUAUAGGGAUUAUGGUAGUGAAUAUAAACAAACGAAGAUGUGUAUUCUCCCGCCAUUUGCAUGGCUCGAAUCAAAAGAGCCGAGGAAUGUCAGGGGUCCAUCGUAUAGAUAUUUUGAGAACAUUCUAUGUAACGACAGCAAGAGAUUUAGCACCUGAGUUCAAAUUGGAACGAGACGACAGAGAAGUUAUUGAUGGGGCUGUAAGUGAAAUGUACUGGUGUUCCGAAUAUCACAAAUGUCAUGCGCAAAGAUCAGGAAAUCUUUUGUGCUGCGCUUUAUACGCCCCCACAGUUCCUAAUCAUACAAUGAGGUUAUUAACGAAUCAAAUACUUCAAGAUUUAUCGACAAAUAAAGAUAUUUUCUGGUGAUUAACGUAAUUAUUUCCGAAAUAAAUAAUCCGUCCAAUAUUUUGUAUUUUAUAUAUAUAAAUAAUAAAACAAACAUUAACUA